UCACAGCAAAUGUCAGUGACUGGUUUCUGUAUAGAUGUACAGCUUCCUAUGGUUGCCUGAGUGAUCUUUGUUGCGCUGCCAAAAUCUAAAUGAAGGGUACAGCUUUCAAUGGUUGCCAGAAUGCUCUUCUCGUCAUUGUGCUGCCAAUGUUUAUAAUGAAUGGUAACCUCUUUUAACUAAUGGUCAAGGCUGAAUAGUACAAGAUCCUUGUGAACUCAGUUGUUGUUGGGCUACUUUUAAUGCCUGUUUUGUAGAUGCUGUUGAACCUGCUCUGCCCCCACUACAUUUUUCUACAUUGCAGUGGAUUUCAGCUUAUAUGCUUGCAUGACUUUGAUUUCCAUUAAUGCACUUGAAAGAUGUCUCAUCCAAUCAAGCCAAUAGAUGACAAAUGCAUUUUACAUGCCAUCAUUCUGGCACUUCAGGUGCAAGCAGAGAUAAGUUUCUCCAGAAAAAGUUUUGUUUGGGUUCAUUCAGGUAUAUACUACUUGUUUGAUAAGUUUCUAGAUGUAGUUGCUAAAGAUUAAUUUUAGUAAAUAUCUGAUGCAUAAGCUAGCAUUUUACAAUGUUUCUCUAAAAUUCAAGAAUCUGAUAUAUGUUUAUCAUGCACUUUUAACUGUUAAAAGUCUGUUACCAAGCAAUGAUUCUACAUUCUGUAUCUGCAUCUAGUUAAUGCCUUAGAUCCCAAACUCAUGCAUUUUUCCUAUUGUUCUUUCAUAUUCUGGCUUGGAUGUACCAUUUUGUUCAAGAUAGAUGCUCUUCGUAGUUUCCACUCAUCUAUCCAUCUGAGCUUUUGAGGUCCAGAAAUUAGGAGAACCUUUUUUACAUCAGAGCUGCAAUCUCAUCAGCAAUCAGAACAGUCGGAAGAAGCCGAUACCACAAAGCUCUCAAAAGAUGAUGGCGAGACACCAAGAAAGAUUAAAGGUAAUACUAAAACCUCAAACUAGUGGUUUUCAUUAUCUUCUUGCUCAUUGCCAGGUAUUAUUUUAUGCUACUUAUCUUGUUGCUUCCAGCACAAUUCAUAUCAAGUAUAAGCACAAGCUUUUAGAACUUCCUAAACUGCGUACAACUGCAUGUGAUACAGAACACAAUCAACUUGAUACUGCAAUUGAGUAGUCAGGGAAGGAUAGGGACAUCCAUAAUUUAGUACAAGUUGAAGUAUCAAAUGACAGAUUACCUGUUAAUACCACAUGUAUAUGAAUCUACAAGCCAAACAAUAGGUGUCUAGUUCUGAUCUUUAUCGCAUUUAAUACUGCAUGAUGACAUUAAUAUAACAAAGUUUGUACUACUUUCCGAGGCUUAAAGACUCAAUUUUCUCUGCUGAUUUUAUUCUCUCCGGACGCCAAUCCCAAAAGUCUCCAUCAUAAGAUAGCAAUAUAAAGGACACCACUGUAGAAGCCUUCCUCUUGUUCUUUCUUUUAUUUGCUGUUGUUAUUAGAUGGAGUUGUGUUAUAGAGUCGUAAGCUUAAGCACUAGAAGUGAUUGAUGUGGGGAGGGGGAAACCAGCUGGGGAAGUUCCCCAAGCGGAAGCGAACCGCCAACGGCGGUUUCUACGGGGGGCUUUCCGAGCUGUUCGCCGACGACUCGGCGGCCCGCACACCAACGGCGAGGUCGCCGAGGAGCUUCGACAGCGGCGGCAUCGUCGGCCUUGGGAUCGUGGCGGAAAUGAGCGGCCCCGUCUCCCGCGUCUCGCCGGCCCGUUCCGAGCCGAUCUCCAUCGGCUCGGCCAGGGUCGCCGCCGAGGCGAGUAGGUCGGACCCCACGGAGGAGGAAGAGCUGUCGGAGAGCUACACGUGCGUGAUAUGGCACUUGGGAGGGAGCCUCGCAGGAAAGAGGGUCUACUUCGACGACGGGAAGGCAGCGUCUUCUGAGCCACGCGGCCGUGCGGGCUUCACGAGCUGCUGCAUUCUGGCUUCAUGAUGAGCUCAUCAUGGGUCGGAUAGUUUCUUUCUUUCCGUUGAUUCUGCUUUGAGAUUCGGAGUAACAUUUUCGCAUCUUGAAGCUAUUUCGCAUUUCCUCUUGCUCUUCUAAUAUAUUUGUUAGUGAUCAUAUAUGAUAAGCUCUUCUAAUAUAAUAAGGGAUCAUUUGAUCGAUUUAUCA